AAAAGAAAUAAUAAUAAAAUGAAUUAUCGCUUGGUUUUAGUUUACUUGGUGUUUUGUUUGUCUUUUAUAACUUUAACAUUAUUAAAUGCUUCAUUACUAUGUAACAACCAAUGGUCCAAUUUAAUAGAAAGCAAAAAUGGAGACAAAGAUGUAUCACUCUUUAUUAAACAUUUCAACACGGAUUAUAAAGCAGAGUUUGAUGCACCAUGGAUCCUUUGCAUUUUUAGCAGAAUCUCUUAUUGGUGUUUUUUUAUAAUGGUUUUAAUUUUUGUUUUUAACUCUCACAUCAUGUGGAUAUUUUCACUCACUUUGCUGUUCAUGAUUAUUACUUGUGUACUUUUGGCAGUUUUUAGUAUAGCUGUACAUCUUAGGAUACAUCGCGAUAUUGAAAGUGCUCUUGGUACUAGCUUUGUCAACAAAGAUAUUUCGUUGUAUAUAACGUAUUGGGCUCUCAUUCCUGGGUUACUUUCAUUAUUAUUGGCUUUUAUCUUUAUGGCAUCUAGUUUUGUUCAACCUGGAGCAAUUAAACCAAAAGAUAAUUGUGAUUUAUCAGAAGUUUCAGUACUUCAUGACAAAAAAAAAAUUCAAGAUUUGCUUAUUUAAGAAUAUCUAAUGUCGCCAUAAUUUAAACAAUGCGAAUUUAAAACAGCUUAUUAUUUUGCUAAUAUGCUUUUAUAUUGCCAUAGUGCUUGUUACGAGAAAAGUUGUUUAUUUAUUUAUUAAACAUAUUUAUUAUGUUAAACCUAUUGCUAAUAUCAAUUUACAUGAUUUUUUGUAAUCCAAAAUUUAUUAUACAGAGAUGUGUUUGUAAAAAGAGCCUGUAUAGUCUGUCUAAAACAUUUCAGUUUGUUUUAAUAGAAAAUAAUAAAUUAUAACUUUAAUUUGUUAAUUAAAGGUGAAGAGUGAAAACAUUUGAGGAAACCAUCUUGU